AUGUCGUCGCUACAGGCCCUGCGUCUGGCUGCGAGUCUGGUCGUCGUCCUUUGUGCCCUCGUCCCGAGCUGCUGGGGCCAUGCGGUGCGCAGCCAAACGCGCGACUACGGUCGCUUCUCCCCCUCGUCCGUCAAAUCGAUCGCCGCCCUCUCGGAUCCGGCGAGGCUGAUCGACGUGCGCGAUCCCAAAUCGCUGCUAUCUCGCAUCCUCAUCCCGCGCCCCGCCGACACGGACAACAGCCGCAAAGUGCGCGAGGCGAUCCUCGACGUCUUCCGGCACGAUCUCGGCUCGAGCGCCUCUGCCAGCACCAUGGACUGGGCGCAUCCAGGCAAGCUCGGGUGGCACAUUGAGCAGCACUCUUUUCUCACCGACACGCCCGAGGGCAGGAAGAACAUGACGAAUCUGAUCCUGACCAAGAACCCGGCGGCGCCACGCAAGCUGGUGGUGGCGGCGCACUAUGAUUCCAAGUACUUUUCGGCCGCGUCGGGGAUGGCCGAGUUUGUGGGGGCGACGGAUAGCGCUGCGCCGUGUGCGAUGAUGGUCGACCUGGCGGUGGCGUUGGAUGAUGCGCUGGACGCGCGCGAGCGCCGACUCCACACGCAGGAACAGGCCAUGCCGACCAUCGCCCAGGAGACCACGCUGCAGCUCGUAUUCUUCGACGGCGAAGAGGCUUAUCGCACCUGGACGCACACCGACUCGAUCUACGGUUCGCGCGCCCUCGCUUCGCACUGGACGUCUACUUUCUGGGACGCCACCCAGUUCGACCGCAGCCGGAGUGCGGAGCAUAGGCUGGAGGCACGAAGGGCUCGCGGUGCGUAUGGGCCGAUCGAGCACAUCAACACGAUCGAGCACAUGGUGUUGCUCGACCUGCUCGGGACAGCCAACCCGACGGUACCUUCGUAUUUCGACAGCACAAAGUGGAUGCAUCAAGCCAUGGCCGAUGCCGAAGCGCGCCUGCGCGACUCGGGCGUACUGUGGCCCGCAGGCCAUUCGGGCGCACGCUCGUUCUUCUCGCACCACAAGCCAUGGGGCGGGAUCGAAGACGAUCAUCUUCCGUUCCUGCACGCUGGCGUACCGAUUCUGCAUAUUAUUCCCUCGCCGUUUCCGUCGGUGUGGCACAAGAUCUCGGACGAUGCUGGUGCGCUCGACUAUGCGACGAUGCAUGCGUGGUGCAUGAUCCUCCGCCUCGCUGUAGCCGAGUACCUCGACCUCGACAUACCCCCGCAGGGUAAGGCUAAGCGUGAGUACAAGGCCGAGCUGGUAAGUCCCCGUAAGGCGCUCUGA